AUGUAUGAGCCAGAUAUAGAAUUUAGGAACCAUGAUAAUACCGUCAAUAAGCCUGCAGGAAUGUUCAAAGGUGUAACUGUGAGUCUGAACAAUAAGAUAAUAAAAGCUGAUUUAUAUGUAACUGAAUCGUCCGGGCCGCCGAUUAUAGGCAGAGCGUGGCUCAAAGCACUAGGAUUAUGGCCUCUAUUUAAAGACCUAGAUCUGCAUAUAGUUAAAAAUAAAAUUGAUGGAUCGUUCAAUAGGGCCAAGAUCAGGUUAGAAUUAAAGGAUGAUGCUAAACCGAUAUACGAGUUAGCGCGAUCUGUACCUUUUGCUUUAAAGGAUAAAAUAGAAAAAGAAUUAGAUAGAUUGGUAGAAGAAAAAAUAUUGGAACCAGUAGAAAUGAGCGAAUGGGCUACCCCGAUCGUGCCGAUACUAAAACCGAAUGGAGAUGUUCGACUUUGCGGAGCUUUCAAUGGCUUGUUUAAAUGCCUGUAUAUGAUGUACGGUAUAUCAUCGGGACCUGGGUAUUUUCAAAAGCAAAUUGAGGAAGUUUUGAAAAAUAUAAACGGAGUCGCGGUGGUAGCAGACGACGUAGUGGUAACGGGAAGUGAUGAUGAGGAACAUUUGCGAAAUUUAGAUAUAGUAUUAACGCGUUUAGAAGAAUGCGGUUUGAAAGGACGAGUAAACAAAUGCGAAUUUUUCAAAGAUGAAGUUAAUUAUCUAGGAUAUAAGUUACGGGAUGACACUAUUACAAUAAAUGAAGAAAAGUAUAGAGCAAUAGUUGAUAUGAAAGAACCGGAAAAUCACAAAGAAUUACAGUUAUUAUUAGGUAAAAUCAAUUAUUAUGGCAGGUUAUUUAAAGAUCGUGCUAAAAUUCUAGCACCAUUAUAUAAUUGCAGUAAUUCGAGAAUUUUUGAGUGGGAUCAAAAUUGCAAAGAAGCGUUUGAAAGAGCGAAAAUAGAAUUAAAAAGCGUGCUUGUAAACUACAAUCCAUCUUUACCAUUAAAAUUAACAUGUGAUGCGUCCCCAAAAGGGCUGGGUGCGUAUAUCAGCCAGCCUUAUGAAGACGGCGAUAGACCGGUAGCGUUUGCAUCAACGAGGUUGACAGCCGCGCAAGAAAAUUACUCGCAAAUUGAUAAAGAAGCAGCUGCGAUAAUAUUUGGAGUAACUAAGUUUUAUGAUUAUUUAUUCGGACGUAAAUUUCUUUUAAAAACGGAUAAUAAACCGUUAUCUAGGAUCUUCUCUCCUGAAAAGGGUAUACCAAAAAUGGCUACGAGUAGAUUGCAAAAUUGGAGUUACUUUCUAUCGGCAUUUGAUUAUGAAAUAGAGUACAUUAGUACAAGAGAUAAUAUUGUGGCUGAUACUUUAUCGAGAUUACCGAUAAAUUAUGUAGAAAGUAAUGAUGUUUUAGAAACUGAAGGCCGAUUUACGUAUUUACACUAUGUAUAUUCAACAAACAUAACAUGUUUAAAUUUCAAAGCAGUAGCACGCGAAACUGCUAAAAACGAGACUCUAUCCAUUGUGAAGCGGAUGGUAAUAGAAGGAUGGCCUGACUGUAGUCUUAAAAGUUGGCCCAAUGAGUUGCAACCAUAUGCACUGCGUAAAGACGAAAUUCACGUCGAAAAAGAAUGUUUAAUGUGGGGACAGAGAGUUAUCGUUCCACCUAAAUUAAGAGAAAAGGUAAUCGAAAAAUUGCACGAAAGUCACUUUGGGAUAGUUAAAAUGAAGAGUUUGGCAAGGUCGGUGGUUUGGUGGCCUAAUAUAGACAAAAAUUUAGAAGAUAAAUCUAAAUAUUGCAAAUGGUGUGUUGAAUCUAAAGACAAUCCAAUUAGAAUGGAAUUAACUCCAUGGCCAUGGCCAAGCCAACCUUGGCAAAGACUUCAUGCAGACUUUGCGGGGCCAUAUUUGGGGCAAACUUACCUUUUAGUAAUCGAUGCCUAUUCUAAGUGGCCUGAAAUUUUCAUUAUGAAAAAUAUAUCAGCAGAAGCAACGAUAGAAAAAUUCCGAGAAAUGUUUACAACGCAUGGGCUACCGAACCAUAUUGUAACUGAUUCAGGAACGCAGUUUACGAGCGACGAAUACAAAAAGUUUCUCAAGCAAUUAGGAAUAAAACAAGAUUUUUCAGCGCCGAAACAUCCAGCGACAAAUGGAGCUGCGGAAAAUCUUGUAAAAACAUUUAAGCGUAAACUCAAAGCGAUUGUACAAAGCUCGAAAGUAGAUGUGAAAAUUGCUAUACAAAUGUUUUUAUUCUCAUACAGAACAACAAAACAUGCAACAACGAAUGAAACUCCGGCCAACUUGUUGUUUAAAAGAGAACUGAAAACUCCUUUGUUAUUAUUACGGCCAGAAACGAGAUAUCACGUUGAAUCAAAGCAAUAUAUGCAAAAAAAGCACUUCAAAGGUAGUAGAAAAGAAAACUUUGAAGAAGGCGACGUAAUAAUGGCAAAGGAUUUUCGAAAACAUCACCCGGAAAUGUCGUAA